CAAUGGAGGAAAACAGAGGAAAAAAACGAAGAAUAAUCGGCGGGGCUGGGUAGAUUGAUAUUUUUUAAAUCAAAGCUUAUAGUUAGCAAAGACUCGAACUUUACUAACAAUUAGCCAAGACUCGAAUUCUAUUUAGCGGGGAUUCUAACCCAAGUUAGCGAAGACUUCAACUCCACUUAGCAGAGAUUCAAACCUCGGUUAAUGAUCUGCUGUCUUGAUGAUCAAGAAGGCUGAGAUCUCUCGAUUGAUCGCGCCGCCAACAGCAUCUGUGCCCCGCAAAAUGGCAGGUGCCAUAGUGCGUUGUUUUCAGGUGCCGAGGAGACAGUUGGGUCUCCUCGGAUCAAGCUUAAAUGGCCAGCAGCAGAGAACGCUCGCCGAUGCCGCUCCGGAAGGAAAGAAACAAGGAGGUCCCCUGGCCGAUCAGGAUCGUAUCUUCACGAACUUGUACGGCAGACAUGACUGGCGGCUAAAAGGCGCGAUAAGUCGCGGCGACUGGUACAAGACCAAGGAGAUAAUGGAGAAAGGUGCUGACUGGAUCAUCAAUGAAGUGAAGCUUUCUGGUCUGAGGGGUCGCGGUGGUGCUGGCUUUCCCACUGGGAUGAAGUGGUCCUUCAUGAACAAGCCGUCUGACGGCCGGCCCAAGUAUCUGGUGGUCAACGCCGACGAGGGUGAGCCGGGGACCUGCAAAGAUCGCGAAAUCAUGCGCCACGAUCCACACAAGCUUGUGGAGGGUUGUCUGAUCGCUGGUCGCGCCAUAGGUGCCUGUGCCGCCUACAUCUACAUACGUGGUGAAUUUUACAACGAGGCGUCUAACAUACAGGUCGCGAUAGCCGAGGCUUAUCAGGCCGGUUUGAUUGGCAAGAACGCCUGCAACUCCGGCUAUGACUUUGACAUCUUUGUGCAACGUGGCGCAGGCGCGUACAUCUGCGGCGAGGAAACCGCGCUUAUUGAAUCCAUCGAGGGAAAACAGGGGAAACCGAGAUUGAAACCACCAUUCCCAGCCGACAUUGGUGUGUUCGGAUGCCCCACGACAGUCAACAAUGUCGAAAGCAUAGCAGUGGCACCUACGAUCUGUCGCCGAGGUGGAGCGUGGUUCGCCUCAUUUGGACGUCCACGCAAUACUGGAACCAAACUCUUCAAUAUCUCUGGGCACGUGAACAAUCCAUGCACUGUUGAGGAAGAAAUGUCCAUUCCUCUAAAGGAGCUGAUCGAGAGGCACGCGGGAGGUGUAAUCGGAGGAUGGGACAAUCUGUUAGGUGUCAUUCCUGGUGGCUCUUCGACUCCCGUCAUUCCUAAAAGUGCAUGCGACACUGUCCUACUGGAUUUCGACGAUCUCAUCAGGGUGCAGAGCUCGUUCGGCACGGCCGCUGUAAUCGUGAUGAACAAACAGACGGACAUCAUUAAAGCCAUCACUCGUUUAAUAAGCUUCUACAAGCACGAAUCCUGUGGUCAGUGCACGCCUUGCCGCGAGGGUAUUAGUUGGAUGUAUAAAAUAUUGAAGAGAUUCAUGGAAGGUAACGCCGAAGUGCACGAGAUAGACAUGCUGUGGGAACUUACGAAACAGAUAGAAUUGCACACGAUAUGCGCCUUGGCUGACGGCGCCGCGUGGCCCGUGCAGGGUCUGAUCAGACAUUUCAGGCCGGAAAUCGAGGCGCGCAUGAAGGAACAGAAACGAGCGACGUCGCAAAGUUGAGAAAUCGAAUCAGAUAUUAGACAAAAUAUAACGGGAGGAGAUACUUAGAGCGAUUCCUGUAAGAUUUUAUAUUUAUUUUCAGUGUAUAUAAAUGAAUCUAAACGUGAUAUAGUCCCCUGUAAUAUUCUCCGAACCCGGGUGGACAUCCAUUCCGGAGGUUCGGCUAAUAAAGGAAACACAAGAGAAAAA